AUGAACCAAGAAACUUUUGCUCUUGCAGCCGGGCCACGCCCACCUAUCCGGAAACGGGUGCCACAAAAGAACAUUGACGAGUUCUGGGAAAAGUUCACCACCAAGCACCCUGGCAAGAUAUUUACCAUCCUGCCCGACAAUCUGUAUGCAAAGCGAGCUGCAGCACACACGCCAAAAGGAUCGAUACCGGGCAUCAACGCACUCGCGUCCUACGAUGAGGCUGUCGAGUCGUGCAGGAAGAAAGUGGCGAAAAUCGUACAAGAAUGCCGACGCUUGAACCAGAAGUACCGCGACCCUCAUUUCGACAUUGAAGCGGACUUCAAGCGUGCCCAAGCUUUGGCAGACACACCGCCCGACUGCCUAAUUGGACUGGAUAAGGAAAAGACCGACUACCAUCCCUUGUCUGUGAAGCGAGUAGAGGACAUUUUCGACCGCCCACAAUUUUUCAUAGACGGCGCGAGUGCAAACGAUGUGCGGCAGGGCAACGACGGCGACUGCUGGUUCAUGGCCGCCCUCGCCACCAUAAGCAACAAGGACGGGCUGAUACAGAGAGUGUGCGUUGCGCGCGACGAGCAGGUCGGUGUGUACGGCUUCGUGUUUCACAGAGACGGCGAGUGGAUAUCAGCAGUCAUCGACGACAAGCUGUACCUGAUCAAGGAGGACUUUGACGAAGCCAAGAUUGAGCGCUACCAGUGGCUCGAGUUGCAAAACCGUAAGAGCCCGGAGGAGGAAUAUCGCACCGUCAUGCAGACAGGCUCCAGGGCACUGUAUUUCGCACAGUGCAGUGACUCCAAUGAGACGUGGCUGCCGCUGCUGGAGAAGGCGUUUGCCAAGGCUCAUGGCGACUAUUCAGCCAUUGACGGAGGCUUCGUUGGUGAGGGCAUAGAAGACCUCACUGGCGGUGUCACCUCCGAGAUAUUUGCAACCGACAUCUUGGACAAAGAUAAGUUCUGGCGAGAAGAGCUCAUGCAUGUCAACGAGGAGUUUCUGUUUGGGUGUGGCCAGAUGGGCGGCGCUUACGGCGAGCGUAAAGGUAUCCAGGAGAAGCACGCAUACUCCAUCAUGGAAGCCCGCGAGAUCGAUGGCGAACGUUUGUGCAAGCUACGCAAUCCCUGGGGUCGAACCGAAUGGAACGGCCGGUGGAGCGAUGGGUCUGAGGAGUGGACACCAGAUUGGAUGCACAAACUGAACCAUAAGUUCGGCGAUGACGGUGUAUUCUGGAUAUCUUACAGGGAUCUGCUACGAAACUACCAGCACUUCGACCGAACCAGGCUCUUUGGACCAGAAUGGACGGUGUCUCAGCAAUGGACCAGCGUCAAUGUCCCUUGGAGCGUCGACUAUCUGGAUACCAAGUUCAAAAUACACCUUGAGAAACCCAGUCCCGUCGUCAUUGUUCUCAGCCAGCUCGACGAGCGUUACUAUCAAGGCCUGGAGGGGCAGUAUGAGUUCAACCUUCAGUUUCGCCUCCACAAGGACGACGAGGAAGAAUAUAUUGUACGCAGUAAUGGAACAUACUACAUGAAACGCUCGGUGUCGACCGAACUUUCUCUGGAUGCAGGAAACUAUACGGUUCUCCUGAAGAUUAAAGCCACAAGGCAACCAAAUCCUACCCCGGACGAUGUCAUCCGAGCGACGUGCACGAAGCGACGCGAGAAACUUCUGUCCAUUGGUCUGUCGUACGAUCUCGCUCAUGCCAAGGGCCAGUUCAGGGAGCAAGAACAAGAAAAAAUACGUCGCAGGCAAGAAGAGAAGGUCGAGCGAAAGAAAGCCGAUAUGAAACGCUCUCAUGAGCAGCGCAAGAAGCUUCGCAGAAAAGCCAAGCUUCGUGAUCAGAAGAAGGCUGCCAAGGAAACUCUCAAGAUGAACCCGCCGAGAGAAUUGCGGGAAGUCGAGAAAAGGCUUCGAAACCUUCCCGGCCUUGGUAUUGGUGUUGACGACGAGAACCGUCCAUCUGGUGACGAUGAGUCCAAGCCUGUUCAAUCAGCUCGUCCGACACACAAACGUGCGUCGACCGACGGAGCAAUUGCCGAACGUUCAUCUAGUCCAAAUGGCGGUGGAUACGGUGGGCGAGGAGGGUACAAUCGUGUUCGCGAUGGCGCAAGCGCUGCCCUUCCUGGAGCGCUCCAAGGCCGCGGUGGCUAUAAUCGAGAUUCUUAUGGUCCUGGUGUCGCUGAAUCGUUGAUACUGCAGGGUCGUGGUGGGUAUAAUCAAGGCAACCAGACCCCUCCGACCUCACAUGGUUACCAGGGCCGUGGCGGGUACAACCAAAACUUGCCUGGCGCAUUCGAAGGCCGAGGAGGUUACAAUCAGAACAUGCCUGGUGAGCUCCAGGGCCGGGGUGGCUACAACGCUGAGCUCCCCGGCACUUAUCAAGGUCGUGACGGGUACAACGGCCGAGAUGGGUAUAAUGGGAGAGACGGAUACAAUGGUAGGGACGGAUACAAUGGAAGAGAUGGAUACAACGAAACGCAAAUCACCGACUCCCCGAUUCCUACUCCGAUUCCUACUCCGCUCCCCACCCCGCAGUUAGAAGAGUUUGGCCCCAGCAUUGCCUCACUGCCCUACAGUCCACGUACAGAUCGCCGUUCACACCCACCUUCCCGUCGCACAACCCUCUCGCCUAUCCCCGGCGUGCGACCAGGCAUCCAAAUCCACCGCAAUCGGAGUAUGAGUAUAUUCUCUCGCCGCGCGCAACACGGCAUGGAGUCCCCCGACGCGCUAUCCGAAGACUCGUCCUGGGACUCUGAGAUCGACGGCCCAGACUCUCUGGACUCCGAUCUUUCUGACUCCGAAGCGGAACAUGACCUUCUGCAUCACGCGCACAACCAUAGCCACCACUACCCGCAUAUUAGCGACGAAUCCGAGUUCGAGCGCGACCCCUGGAACGCUGUGUGUGUCCUCGGCUUGCGUGUCUUCUCCAAAGACACUGAUGUCACCAUCGAAGUGCAGAAUGGGGAUGGUGAGAAGAAGAGAGAUACCGAUGGGGAGAGUGUAGCAGGUGGGAGUGGCAGGAGGAAAGAGAAGGAACUCGACGUUGAUGAUAGCGCGGCAGAUGCUACUAGUCCGCUUCGCACGAGGGGUAAUGGCGAGGAAGAGCUCAAGGGAAAAGCGAAGAGGGACGCGGAAGAGAAGCUGGUGGCACAGGUUGGCAUGCAGCCGGCCGGCGUUGAGAGAGACAGACAGGGGACGUUGUCCUGA